AAGUGAGGUUGGUAUUCACAAUGCCUGUUUGUUGGAACCCUUUAGGAACACACAUCCAGGAUGCCAGAGCCAACUAAAAAAACUGUCUCUGCUUUCACUAAGAAACCAAAAAGUCAGACUGCUGAGAUUGGGGCAACAGUCAAAUUCGAAGCAGAAACUGAAAAGCUUGAUGCAAAGGUGAGAUGGCAGCGAGACUCCAAGGACGUCUUACCCAGCGACAAAUACACCAUCUCAGCAGAGGGCAAUAAGCAUUCAUUCACCAUAAACAAUGCAGACAUGGAGGAUGCAGUGGGCUAUGCUGUUAUUGCUGGGGGGUCAAAGGUCAAAUUUGAGUUAAAGAUAAAGGAGUCAGAAGUGAAGCCUGCAGCUGUGGACACUAAAGCUGAUGAAGCUAAAGAGGUACAACCAGCACCAACUGAAAGUUCAGCACCAGACACCAGUGAACAUGCAUCAAAUGGUGCAGCUGAUGGUGCACAUGAUGCUCUGCCUGAAAGUCACCAACCUGACACCAGGCAGGACCUCACUGGUCUCUUCACAGAAAAGCCUCAGAGUGGGGAGGUCUCUGUAGGUGAGAAUAUUACUUUCGUGGCCAAGGUGUGUGGUGCAUCUCUUCUGAAGAAGCCCACAGUGAAAUGGUUUAAAGGGAAAUGGAUGGAUCUGGCGAGCAAGUCGGGAAAGCACUUGCAGUUGAAGGAACACUAUGACCGCAACACUAAGGCAUACACAUUUGAGAUGCAUAUUAUUGCAGCUAAAGCAAACUAUGCUGGAGCGUACCGGUGCGAGGUGGCAUCUAGAGACAAGUUUGACAGCUGUAAUUUUGACUUAAUAGUACAUGAGGCUCGUGUACAAGAAGGCUUGGACAUUCGCAGUGCAUUUAGACGCACGAGCACCGGUGCGGGUGGUAAGAAGAAGAUGGGCGAACAUGGCAGUAGCACAGAUGGAGGUGAAGACUCAGGAGAACUGGACUUUAGUGGUUUACUGAAAAAGAGCAGUUUCUUGAAAACUGGCCAUCGAAAUGUUCAUGUGAGCUCAGAGCCUGAUGUAGAUGUAUGGGAAAUCUUGCAGAAGGCUCCGCCCUCCGAAUUUGAAAAGAUUGCCUUCCAGUAUGGAAUAACAGAUCUGCGUGGGAUGCUUAAAAGACUUAAAAAGAUGAAGAAAGAAGAGAAGAAAAGUGAAGCAUUUCUCAAGAAGCUGGACCCAGCCUACCAAGUUGAAAAAGGACACAAGAUCAAACUGCAAAUUGAGGUGGCCAAUCCAGAUGUAGAAGUUAAAUGGCUAAAAAAUGGACAAGAGAUUCAUCCAACUGGAAGCAAGUACAUUUUUGAGAGCGUGGGCAACAAACGCUUUCUUACCAUCAACAACUGUACGCUCGCUGAUGAUGCUGCCUACACCUGUGUGAUUGGAGAUGAAAAAAGUGUCACUGAACUUUUUGUUAAAGAGCCACCUGUCUUGAUCUUGCGUAACCUAGAAGAUCAGAUGGUAAUGAAAGGAGAAAGAGUGGAAUUUGAAUGUGAGGUGUCUGAAGAAGGGGCUCAGGUAAAAUGGGAGAAAGAUGGAGUGGAACUCACUCGGGACGAGUCUUUCAAGUACCGCUUUAAAAAAGAUGGAUGUAAACAUGUUCUUAUCAUCAAUGAUGUGACCAAAGAGGACUGUGGACAUUACAGGGUCAAAACCAACGGAGGCCAAUCUUUAGCAGAGCUCAUGGUUCAGGAAAAGCAGCUAGAGGUCUAUCAAAGCAUUGCUGACCUGACGGUGAAGGCCAAAGACCAGGCUAUGUUUAAGUGUGAGGUUUCUGAUGAGAAUGUUAAAGGCAUUUGGUAUAAAAAUGGAGUGGAGGUGAAGCCUGACGCCAGAACUCAUAUCUCACACAUUGGCAGGAUUCAUAAACUUACCAUCGAUGACGUGAAGCCAGAUGAUGAGGGUGACUACACCUUUGUUCCUGAAGGACAUGCCUUCAAUCUUUCUGCCAAGCUCAACUUCUUGGAGGUCAAGAUUGACUUUGUUCCUCGCCAAGAUCCUCCCAAGAUUCAUUUGGACUGCAUGGGUCGCACCGCUGAGUCCACAAUCAUAGUUGUGGCAGGAAACAAACUGCGACUUGAUGUACCGAUAACUGGAGAUCCUGCACCCACUGUCAUUUGGACCAAAUCUGACAAGGCUAGACCUAAGGAAGGGGAUUUGCAUCCUGAACCAUCGCACACAUGGACAUUGAAAGACGGUGAAGUGCUAACAGAUACAGAUGGACGUGUUCAUGUGGAGAGUACCAAAGGCCAUUGCAUCUUUACCAUCGAGGGGGCGGAGCGUCAGGAUGAGGGCGUGUACUCUGUCAUUGUAAGGAACCCUGCUGGAGAGGACGCAGCUGACAUAAAUGUCAAAGUUGUUGAUGUGCCAGACCCACCGGAAGCUCCCAGAAUCCUUAGUGUCAGUGAAGAUUCUUGCAUUGUCCAAUGGGAUCCUCCAGUCUAUAAUGGUGGCCAGCCAGUCAUAGGUUAUGUAAUGGAAAGGAAGAAGACAAAGAGCUACAGAUGGAUGAGACUCAACUUUGACCCUUAUAAAGAGACCACAUAUGAGGCCAAGAGAAUGAUUGAGGGUGUGGCCUAUGAGAUGCGCAUUUACGCAGUGAAUGCUAUUGGCAUGUCACGCCCUAGUGCCGCCUCCCAGCCAUUUGUGCCAAUUGCUCCUACCAGUGAGCCGGUUGGCCUGUGUGUGGAAGACAUCAGCGACACCACCAUCACAUUGAAAUGGAGAGCUCCAGAAAGGAUAGGUGCAGCUGAUCUCGAUGGCUAUGGGGUUGAGUACUGCAAAGAGGGCUCUGAUGAAUGGGUUCCUGCGUUUGCGGGUCUUACAGAAAGGACCUCUGUGAUCAUCCGUGACCUGCCAACUGGGGAGAAGAUGCAGUUUCGUGUGAGGGCAUAUAAUAUAGCGGGCCCAAGCCCUCCCGCCACACUGCAGCAGGCAGUGACCAUCCGCGAAAUCAUGCAGCGCCCCAAAAUCUGGGUCCCCCGUAACCUUCGUCAGACGAUCAUCAGGAAAGUAGGAGAAACUGUAAACCUGGUGAUCCCCUUUCAGGGCAAACCCCGGCCGAAAGUGACUUGGACGAAGGAUGGUGAACCUCUGGACCCGAAGCAGGUCAGCGUAAGGAACAGCGACACAGACACCAUCUUCUUCAUCAGGAGAUCAGAAAGGAAGGAUUCUGGAAAAUAUGAUCUUCAAGUGCAAAUUGAGAAUGUUGAGGACAAGGCCAGUGUGAAUAUACAGAUUGUGGACCUGCCAGGUCCACCUCAAAACUUAAAGUUGGCGGAUAUUUGGGGCUUCAAUGUUGCGCUGGAGUGGAAACCCCCCAAAGAUAAUGGCAACUGUGACAUCACAGGCUACAUCAUCCAAAAGGCUGACAAGAAAACCAUGGAAUGGUAUACUGUAUACGAUCAGUAUCGUCGCACGAACUGUGUGGUGUCCGAUCUGAUCAUGGGGAAUGAGUAUGUGUUCCGUGUGUACGCCAUAAACAUGGUGGGGCUGAGUCCAGAGCCGUGCGUCUCUAAAGACAGUGCCUACAUCCAGAAAACAGGCAUAGACUACAAACAUCCUUCCUACAAAGAACAUGAUUUUUCGGAAGCCCCUAAGUUCACACAUCCGCUUAUGAAUCGCUCGGUUAUAGCAGGAUACAAUGUUACUCUAAGCUGCUCCGUAAGAGGAAUUCCCAAGCCUAAAAUCAUAUGGUACAAAAACAAGAUGGACCUUACAAACGAGCCCAAGUACCGAAUGUUCACCAAUCAGGGUGUGUUGACUCUGGAGAUCCGUAAACCCUGUCCGUUUGACGGAGGCGUGUACACGUGUAAGGCAAUCAAUGACAGCGGAGAGGACACAGUGGAAUGCAAACUGGAAGUUCGUUCUCAAGUCACAAAAGAAGAUAUCAAGAAAUGAAGAGGAUUGUUUCAGGGUUUGGAAAACUGUGACUUUGUCCUCUUUCUGUCUUCUGUCAUGAAAAUGACCCCAUGACCAUAAUGUAAUGACAGCACAGAAAUAUUUAUUUCAUUUGUUUUCUUCAUCUGGUUGUGCUUUUCUCUCUCACAUCCCAUUCUGUGCUUUGCUGUGUUUUCUUGUCUUUAUUGCUUGCAUUCAUUUUAUUUUAUUGUAUUUAAGGUCUGUGUUGUAGAGUCUAGCGACUCAAAAUUCUCCCUUUCAUAUAUCAUGCCUAAUAAACAUUUUAACGAUG